CCCUCUGCUCUACCAUCCCAAGCACACCCGCGCCCUCCACCUGCUCCCGGAUCCCGGCCAUCUCUCCGCCGACCCACAGCACCAGCGCGCUCACCCACCACCGUGAACCAGAAGAUGGCCAUCGCCGGCAGCGGGAGGGGCAAGGCGAAGCCCGCCGCCAGCGCCAAGUCCGUGUCCCGGUCGUCCAAGGCCGGCCUGCAGUUCCCCGUCGGCCGCGUCGCCCGCUACCUCAAAGUCGGCAAGUACGCGCAGCGCGUCGGCGCCGGCGCCCCCGUCUACCUGGCCGCCGUUCUCGAGUACCUCGCCGCAGAGACCCUGGAGCUCGCUGGGAACGCGGCGCGGGACAACAAGAAGAACCGGAUCGUGCCGCGCCACAUCCAGCUGGCGGUGCGCAACGACGAGGAGCUGAGCCGGCUGCUGGGCUCGGUCACCAUCGCCGCCGGCGGGGUGCUGCCCAGCAUCCACACCACGCUCCUCCGCAAGAAGGCCGGCAAGGGCAAGGGCGACAUCGGCUCCGCUUCCCAGGAGUUUUAGAUUAGAUUGGAAACUUGGAAUGCAUCUCGCAAUCUUGUUCUUGUUGUGACUGCCUGUGACGCCCUUGUCAAUACUAAUAUGAAUGAAACGGAUAUGUUGCUACUGUUUUAGCUA